CAGAAAACCAGAAGUUAUUCAUCGCAAAUUUUUAUUCCGCCAUUUUUGUUGUAUCGGGAGAUGGAUGCGGGAGGCCCUGGUCAAUUUGAUGCACAAAAAGCUGCUUUUGCUGACGCUGUAGCCCGUGCCCGACAGAUUGCUGCUAAGAUUAACCAGCCUGGACAAGGUGGUGGUGAUACAGGGCCAUUGAAACGCUCAUUUGAAUCAGACGGGCAAGGUGAACCUGAAUUCAAGAAGAGUACUCCUGAUAUUAAUGAUCCAUUAGGAUCACAGAUAAAGUCCAACCAAGAUCAACAAAGCAGAAGUUCAGCAGCUCAAGCUGCUAAAGAAGCAGCUCAAAGAAUUAACCAACAGCUCGGAAAAGGAGGACCUACGUCACCCCCAGCAGUCAAUCCAGCUCUGCAGAAGCCCGGCCCACAUGCAGGUCUGGGGAUGGUGGUCACAGAAGAAUUUAGAGUCCCAGAUAAGAUGGUUGGGUUGAUAAUAGGAAAAGGAGGAGAGCAGAUAACAAGACUACAGGCAGAGACUGGGUGUAAAAUACAGAUAGCUCCUGACAGUGGUGGACUUCCAGAUAGGCCAUGCCAACUAACAGGGAGUGCUGCUUCUAUUGGUGCUUGCAAGCAGCAGAUGCAGGAUAUCAUUGCCAGAGGACAGAGUGGUAAUGGAAUGGAGAUGAUGGGAGGAGGAGGAGGGGUUGGUGGUGGUGGUGGUGGUGGUAGUGUUGGCAAUGGUGGAAUGUAUGGGGACAUGCAAACUGUUGUAGAAAUGUUGAUUCCAGGAAACAAGGUCGGACUCAUUAUUGGAAAAGGAGGAGAGACCAUCAAAGUCUUGCAGGAAAGGGCAGGUGUUAAAAUGGUUAUGAUACAAGACAGCAAUAUUCAAACAGCCCAUGAAAAACCUUUGAGAAUUACAGGAGAUCCUCAGAACUGUCAGAGAGCAAAAGAAAUGGUCAUGGAUUUAUUAGCAGAGAAGGAAAUGGAAUCUAUGGGAGGUGGAUAUGGCAAUUUUGGUGGUCAGAAUUCUAGUGGAUCAGAGAUUCAAGUUCCUAGAAGUGCAGUAGGGAUUGUUAUUGGAAAGAAUGGAGAUAUGAUCAAAAAAAUCCAAUCAGAGACUGGUGCUAAGGUUCAAUUUAAACCAGAUGAUGGUAGAACAGAUAACAGAGUAUGUACUAUUAGUGGUGCUUCAGAUAAAGUUCAAGCUGCUAUCCAGAUGAUUCAGAGGUUAUUACCCGACGAGGAUGGGGAUUUUCCUUUUCAGAGUGGUGGAAUGGGUCGAGGAUUUGGACGUGGUAGAGGGGGUCCUGGAGGGGGAAGAGGUGGAUUUGGGCCAGGUGGGGGCAGAGGAAGAGGAGGUGGAGGAGGAGGCAUGGGUGGUUUUAAUGAUGAAAACUUCUUCCCUGUACCAGCAGACAAAUGUGGCCUGGUUAUUGGAAAAGGUGGAGAAACAAUCAGACAGAUCAAUCAACAGUCAGGGGCCCAUGUUGAAUUGCAGAGAAACCCAGGUCCAAAUCCUAAUGAGAAGGUGUUUGUAGUCCGUGGUAACCCACAACAAGUUCAACAGGCUGUUCAAAUGAUAGCAGAGAAAGCUGGAGUUCCAGUGGGUCCAGGUGGUCCUGGAGGACCUGGUCCAGGUGGUCCCCAUGGUGGUAUGGGUGGACCCGGUGGUGGUCCAGGAGGGUAUGGAGAUCAGUUUGGUGGAAAUGGAGGUCCAAGUCCAGGAGAUCAAGGCCAGUUUGGUGGUCCUGGGCCAAAUGAUGGAGGGAAUAGUCCUUAUGGUGACCAUUAUGGUCAGUCUGGUGGAGGUCAACCCCCUCAACAAUAUGGUGGACCUCAGGGUGGACAAGGAGGCUGGGGAGGUGGUGGUGGUGGUGGAGGAGGAGCAGGAGGAGGUUGGGGUGGUAACAGUUAUGGAGGACCUCAGGGUGGUCCAGGAUAUCAACAGCCUCAACCUCAACCAUCUGGAGAUCCAAAUCAGAGUAAACAGGCUCAAGAUAAUGCUGCAGCAUGGGCUGCUUACUAUGCCCAGUUCUACAACCAGACUCCGUAUGCUCAGUAUGGUGGACAGCAGUAUCCUGCAGGACAACAACCCCAGCAGCAGCAACCUGUUCAACAGCCACAACAGCCAGCUUCUCAACAACCUUCAGCCAUCAACCCACAAACUGGCCAGCCAGAUUACAGCCAAGCAUGGGCAGAGUAUUACAGACAGCAAGGAAUGUUUACGCAGGCUCAGAUGGUCUUGCAACAAGCUGCAGCCUUACAAGCAGGGGCAGGUGGUCAUCAGCCUACACAGCCUCCUCAGUAAAUUACUAGUAACAGGAAUCGAAUGGCAAUAUUUUGGUCAAGACUUUUAUAUAAGACUGUUGUGAAAGAAUCAUCAUAUUUAACAUCCACACAGAAGACAUAGGCUACUAUUGAAAAGUGCUCAUCUUGACAAUGAACAUUUAAUUAAGACUUUUGCAUUGGGGUAUUCUUUAAUUUGUUAAAAUUGUAAGUGCAUUUUUUCUAUAUAAAGUUGUUUUCUUAUUGAUAAAAGUAUAUGUUUAUUGCCAUUUCAUGUUGCAAAUUGUGAUUCAUUAUUUUAUGUAAAGAAGAGUAUUUUAUUAUCAUUGAUGAUCAUUUUAUCUUGAUGCCCUUGUAUUGUAUAUGAUAUAAAACAUUUCUGUACUUCAGUGCCAAAUUUGAGUAAAUUUAGAAUACCCCAAAGCAACUCUCUCUUUUUUUCAUUGUCAGGGAUUAUUUUUUUUUGUCUGUCAUAAAAUAUAGUUGUAGGACAUAGUUUGUUUUAUACUUUUUAGACAAUACAUUCCAAAUGGUAAAUGCUUAUUUUUUUGUUUCUUGAAAAUAUUGCAAUUUAUUCACUGUUAUUUAUAUUAUGUAUUCUUGAAAAUUAUUUUGCAUUGCAAUCAAAACUCUUAAUAUUGAUCGUGAAAGACUUAUUCUUUUUUAUUUUGUGUUAGUUGUAGUUUUUCAGAGAAAGACACAUGUUUAAUUUUAAUGAAAAUAAUGUGCAUUGAAUUUAUUGCUGUUAAAAGAUUUCAUAUUGAUAUCAUGUUUUACUUGAAAUGUUAAAAGUAUUUUAAAGAAGAUAAUGCCUUUUGAAAUGAUAGAGAUAUAUAAUUUCAUUAUUUUGUUGAAAUGACUUUUUGAAUUGUUUUUUACAUGAUAAAUUUGCAUUGCAUAUGAUAUAAAUGAAAACUUUUUCGUAUUGAUAUAUUUUCCAUUGCAUAUUGGUCGUAAUGAUUAUUUUAGUUUCACUUGAACAAUGAAUUUUUAAACAUUUGAAAUAUUGAUAUUUUUUUGCCAUGUCUUAUUGAAGUUCAAAAUGUAUGUUUCUAGUAUUAUUAUAUGAUGCAUUGAAAAAACAUGUCCAGGAGGGGUAACCUCCCUUAACUAAGUGAGAUUACCUCUCUUUCUUUGCUUAAAAUGAUGAUUAUAUCCAACUAUAUUAUUGAUGUCUGUUAAAUUGAUGAUGAUGAUACCCAUGUGUUGAUGAUGAGAAUUCUAUUAUGCAUUGCGUUGUUCAUAUAUAUUGAGAUCGUCGAUUCUUGUUGCCAUAGAAGCUGGUCCCCCAAAGCUACCUGCCCAUUGGUCAUCGUUGUACAUAGUGUGUUGUAUAUCCCAUACUUAUUCAGGUUUUCCUUUAUUGGACCUUGCGCCAAGAUAUUGUUUAUGUAUGAGCUGUUGGUGUUAUAUAAUUAUUAGUAUAUUCUAUCUAGGUGAUUUGACCAUUAAUCUUUACAUAGUUCUUAGCCAUUUUUUCUUGAUAUUUGCUUGGUAUAUGUUGUUUUUAAUUUGUAAUUGGUAUUCACAGAUACACACAAUCAUCCAUGUUACCUUAACUGAUUGAUCACAUUGAAUGUCUUUUUUAUAUAGAGUAAUGAUAAAAGCAUUUUAAUAAAUAACUAUGUAAACCCAGUGAUAACUAUCUCACAUGUAUUUCUUUUGUGCUGUGUAUAUGUAUACUUUUUUUUACCCUCAGAGGGUUACACAUGUCUACCCGAGAACGGGUAUGGUUAUGUGACAAAAAUAAAUAUGUUUUAAAAUGAA